AGUUUUUCAACAUUCUUUCUUUUUCCAACCAUAUCUCUCUUCCCACUUGAAUCUCACAGUUUUGGGGAGAAAGAAACAGUGGAAGCUAAAAAGAAUGCCGAUGAAAGUAGUGGAUUCAACGGUUUCAAGCUUUGGCGGUAUGUUUGAGAAAUUCAGAUCAGAUGCACCCAACUACAAAGCCAGUUUCAUCCUUUUCUUGGCCGAUAAAGACCCCUCUACCUAUCUUAGUUGGUGUCCUGACUGUGUAAGAGCUGAACCCGUGAUAUACAAGAAAUUGGAAGCAUCGCCAGAGGAUGUGACACUGCUGAGAGCAUAUGUGGGUGACAGGCCAACAUGGAGGAAUCCACAGCAUCCUUGGCGGCUUGACUCAACAUUCAAGCUAACUGGAGUCCCAACUCUGCUUCUUUGGGAUUCCAACAAUCAAGCCAUCAAAGCUCGUUUAGAGGACCAUGAAGCACACCUUGAACACAAAAUUGAUGCGCUUCUCUCCUCCAAAUAAAACCAACCUACUACUUUCAACUAUUGAAUUUUCUAUAUUGCUUCAGAUUUAGAAUAAGAUUGUCAUCCAUACCUCAUUUCUGUACGAAAUGGAACAUUCUUACGUAUUAGUAAUGCCUUGUAGUCCUUUAUGAUGUGCACUAGACAUUGGUGAACUCAAUGAGUACCAUUUAUUUUCUGGAUAUAA